GCCUCAGACAAGAUCAUGCAGCUGGAAAUCAAAAUGGCUCUGAACUUCAUCAUCUCGUAUUUAUACAACAAGCUGCCCCGGCGCCGGGCAGACCUGUUCGGGGAAGAGCUCGAACGACUUUUGCGGAAGAAGUACGAGGGCCAUUGGUACCCGGACAAGCCACUGAAGGGCUCCGGCUUCCGGUGUGUCCACAUUGGGGAGACAGUGGACCCCGUGGUGGAGCUGGCCGCCAAGCGGAGCGGCCUGGCAGUGGAAGAUGUGCGGGCCAACGUGCCUGAGGAGCUGAGUGUCUGGAUUGACCCCUUCGAGGUGUCCUACCAGAUCGGCGAGAAGGGAGCCGUGAAGGUGCUGUACCUGGAUGACAGUGAGGGCGGCGGGGCCCCCGAACUGGACAAGGAGAUCAAGAGCAGCUUCAACCCCGAGGCCCAGGUCUUUGUGCCCAUUGGCAGUCAGGACGCUUCCAUGUCCAACUCCCCAUCGCCAUCCUUCGGCCAGUCGCCCAGCCCCACCUUCAUCCCCCGCUCGGCCCAGCCCAUCACCUUCACCACUGCCUCCUUCGCUGCCACCAAGUUUGGCUCCACCAAGAUGAAGAAGGGCGGUGGAGCGCCCAGCAGCGGGGGUGUUGCUGGCAGCGGGGGGAGUGGCCAGCAGCCACCACAGCAGCAGCCCCGCCCGGCCCGCUCGCCCACCAGCCUGCUGAAGCACCAGAGCCUCUCUCUGUCUAUGCAUUCUCUGAACUUCAUCGCGGCCAGCCCGGCCCCGCAGUCCCAGCUCUCGCCCAAUGCCAAGGAGUUCGUAUACAGCGGCAGUGGCUCCCCCAGCCUCUUCUUCGACGGGGCUGACGGCCAGGGCAGUAGCACUCCUGUCCCCUUCGGGGGCAGUGGAGCCGGUACCUGCAACAGCAGCACCUUCGACAUGGCCCAGGUCUUUGGGGGCGGCGCCAACAGCCUCUUCCUGGAGAAGACCCCCUUUGUGGACGGCCUCAGCUACAACCUCAACACCAUGCAGUACCCCAGCCAGCCCUUCCAGCCCGUCGUGCUGGCCAACUGACCACCCACCCAUCCCCGGGGCCAGGAGCACCCGAGACCACAGAAAAGAGGAAGAAAAGGAAAAAAAAAA